UGUGCUUAUGGUUGUGAGAGGAUGAUUGAACUUGUCUUUGUCUGGAUUUCAAAGUACCAGAACUGAAUUUGCUGCCAAUCCCAUCUCUUCCUCAGGGAUAAUCGGGAGGUCAUUGGAGUUGAAGAUGUCCGGAGAAGAAGAAGUCGUGGAGGAGAUGCUGGAGGAAGAGGAAGAAGCCCAGCAGGAGGAAGGUAAAGCUUCUGCACGGCUUCAUGCGUGUGCCUUGUUUACCGUCUGCUGUCUGAUCAGAUCAUAUGUUGUGUGCAUGCUGUGUAAUGUGUGGUAGAAGUCUGUGCUUUGGUUUUUGAUGGGAGACGACAGGUUUUCCAUCGUCAUUGACUGGUAUACUGUGUUUUUAUAGUGCGUGUGCUUUCUGUUUGAUCCUGACACUUCAUUUGUCAGCUUCCUGUGAAACAGUAACUUAUUAACUGAAUUAUCUGCAAUGUUUGAUUCAUAAAUCUUUCAAAUUGUGAUCUGACAAAAGUUGCAUGGAAAGUUUUCUGAAGUCGCUGCCAAGUGAAGUCUUGGCUCGCUCUGAUGUAAUUGUGUAUAUGCUUAUAGGAUUGCAUUCAAGAUAUUUAACGUAUGCCAGAAUCUGGUCAAAGAAGCUUUGUGAUAUUUCUUGGUAAAGGAAAAAGCGUUUGAGCAUAAGUGCUGGAAAGUACAUUAUCUUUAAACAUUUUAUCCUUUAGUUUGUGUGUUUCCAUUUGAAUAUAAUACUUCAUACCUUUAGCCCUCUACAUUUCAGAAGGAGUAUUUACUCCACGUUGGACAUUAAGCGGACAAUACUUGUGGGCUUUUACUAAAGUAGGAUUUUCAUUAGUUUUGAAUUGCCACUUAAACUUGAGAAAGGACCCCUUUACCUGUUCCACCGCUGUGUAGUGUUUGAUAAAUAUAAUUGGAAAUGUGAAAGCUGAACCAAAAUGUGGAUUAGAUGAUUCCUGUUACAGCUCACAGGCUCAUCAUCUGAUCCCAGAUCAGUUUAGCUCAGUCAGACACCAGCAAUAGAUUCAGUUCUUCCCAAGAGACGAUAUCACAAAGCUCAGAGUCUGACCAUCGACCCAUCAAUCCAUACUUUGUUCACUCAGUCAUGAAUCCAACAAGAGAAGGUUUGCAUGACUUACCUUUGUCAGUAAAUCUUUAAUUUAAAUGUACACACAUCUGGCAUAUUGUUGUUUUUCCAAGAAUAGCAUAACUUGGCUUUAUUACUUGUUGUUAUAUAGUUGUGGAAGUUGAAGUAGAAGAAGCUGCACCUGAAGUAGAAGAGCCUGCAGAAGAAGAGCCUGCAGAAGAAGAGGCUCCAGCUGCAGAUGAAGAUGAAUCCAAACCCAAACCCCAAAAGUUAAUGGCUCCAGUGUUGACUGUGCCCAAGAUCCCAGAGGGAGGAGACAAAGUGGACUUUGAUGACAUCCACAGGAAGCGUCUUGAGAAGGAUCUGACGGAGCUGCAGUCUCUGAUCGAGGCCCACUUCAUCCAGAGGAAGAACGACGAGGCCGAGCUCCUCGCUCUCGUCAACAGGAUCGAGAAGCGUCGCACAGAGAGGGCUGAGCAGAAGAGGGUCCGGGACGAGCAGGAGAAGGACAGGCAGAUUCGUAUUGCUGACGAAAAGGAGAGGAAGGAACUGGAAGACGCGCGUAAGAAGCAUGAUGGGGACGCCAAGAAGAAGAAGGCUCUGACCAACAUGACUCAUCAGUAUGCUGGUGUCCAACAGAGGGAUGGAAAGAAGGGAGCGAAAAAGCAGACGGAGAGAGAGAAGAAGAAGAAGAUCCUGGCAGACAGGAGGAAGCCUCUCACCAUCGACCAUCUCAGCGAUGAGAAAGUCAAGGAGAAGGCCAAUGAGAUGUGGCAGUGGCUGUUCACUCUGGAGUCAGAGAAGUUUGACCUCAGCGAGAAACUGAAGAAACAGAAAUAUGACCGCCAAAGGAAGAGGAAAGGGGGGCAAGGGCCGGCUGAGGUAGACUCAAACACCAGCAGCUCUCCAAGGAAGCGUCGGAAAAUAAGCAGCAGUAUUCACUUUGGUGACAAUGGUGUACGCUUAAACAAAGAAUGUGUGCUUUUGAGCUUAACAUUGUUAACUAGUGGAUAUAUUUAUCUUACCAAUCCCCAUACUUGUCAGUUAAAUAAAGCAAUUGAAACAAUCUUUGCAAUUAAAUACCUUAUUCUGCAAACAUACACAAAGAAUCACAGUGCACCAUACAUUUCACAUGUAGGCAGAUAUGUAAACAUGACAGGACUUACCGCAGCAAGCAGUGCUCGACAUCCUUUUUAAAUAACACAUUAA